UCAGUACCAAAAGCAGUAACCCCGAGCUACACUCGGGAAUACCAUGCGGCGUUGCUCAGGGAUUCCCUGCAGCGCUUACCUUGUCCUUCGCUCCCGCGAUGUCCCUCCUGCAGCGUCCCCGGCCAUCUCCUCCGGCCGAUGCCGGCAUCCAGCUUCCGUGUUACGGUCCCUGUGACGUCGGGACGUACGGGGGCUGGAACCGGUGGCAAAUUUAAAAAUUUUAAAAACUGUCAUUUUUUUGUAAUUUUUGUUCCUACUGCUUUGUCCUGCGCCCUGCCUGCAUUUUGACUGUUCUUUCUG